AUGAGUGGAGUGAUCGAGAAAGAAACACGCAGAACGACCGUCUCGCCGCAAACCGAUGCAAUGAGCAGCUACCGGGCGGAGAAGGAAGGAUUCGUGUCGGGUGGCCGGGGCUGUUCCGGCUCGGACAUCCUUGCCGUCCUGGCCAAUCUCCUGCUGACCCAUCUCCUGCACCGGGCAUUGCCGGCCCACCUGGCCCGCCGCUCUCCCCUCGUGAGACUGGCGAUCGAGAGCGUGACGCUGGUCCUGCCUUUGCUAGCGAUCACCACCGUGCUCGGCGACCGGCUCUGGCCCGCGACUGUCGCUCUGGGCCUGUGCGUGUUGUUGGCGUGGAGGCGACGCAGAGGGACGGGGGAGGAGGAGGAGCUGGCGCCGCUGGGGAUGGCCAAGCGACGCUCAAGCCCGCCGCGCCAUGCCGAGCCUGUGUCCGAGCAGGCCCCGCUCGUCGGUCCCGCCGACACGCCCGGCUCCAGCCUCAGCCAUGCCCAGCCCCGGCCACACGGCGUCCUAAGACGCAGAUUCACAGAGUCCGACCAGGUCCGCCUCUCCGGCUUCCCCGACGCCCAACCUCCAUCCUCCCCCGGCCCAUCCCUCCUCCCCCCCAUCCGCUUCUACCAGCCCUUCCUCACCGUCUAUCGCGCCCAGCUCAUCCUCCUCACCGCCCUCUCCAUCCUCGCCGUCGACUUCACCAUCUUCCCCCGCAAGUUCGCCAAGACCGAGUCAUGGGGGAUCUCCCUCAUGGACGCCGGCGUCGGCUCCUUCGUCUUUUCUCUAGGCAUCAUCUCCGCCCUGCCGAUCCUCAAACGCCUCUCCGUCCUCGCCCCGCAACCGCUGUUGAUCGAGCUGUGGCGAAGCACGCGCAAGACCGUCCCGCUCUGUCUCCUGGGUCUCAUCAGGAUCGUCUUCGUCAAGGGCGUCGAUUAUCCAGAACAUGUGUCCGAAUACGGUGUCCAUUGGAACUUCUUCUUCACCCUGUCCAUCCUCCCCCUGACGGGCGUACUAGCACGGCGGUUCUUCGAGGCCUCGCGGGCCAACCUAGCCUUGAUCGGCGUCCUGAUCGCCAUAGUCCACCAAUGCCUUCUUAGUCAAGCCGGAGUCCAAGAGUACGUGAUGUCGUCGACGCCGCGGACGACGUUUGUCUCCGCGAACCGGGAAGGGCUGGCAAGCAUGCCGGGAUACAUGGUGAUCUACGUGCUGGGCCUCUCGGCAGGGACUUACGUGCUCCCGCCGUCGCCGGACUUCCUCGCCCGGCUGCUUCGGCGCCAGACGGCCUCGCGCAAGCUGCUCAUCCGCCAGCCGGGGAAAGCGUUGGUGGUCUACUCGAGCUGGACGAUUAUCUGGUGGACGUUGUUCUUCCUCUGCGACGCCUUCGUCUCUGCCCCCUCACGAAGACUCGCUAAUCCUACCUACUGUUUCUGGAUCGCCGCCACUAAUCUCUCCUGGAUCACCGGCCAUGCGCUUGUCCACGAAGUCCUCCUGCCCCACUCAUCCAAGCCGCCUGCGUCUAUGGAAGAGCCAACAAACAUCCCGUUGACCUUCGAGAUCAUCAACCGGAACAGUCUGGCCAUCUUCCUCUUCGCUAAUUCCUUCAAAAUCUCUCUAUGA